AUGGAGACUGUGAGAGCUGCUAGGCGAGUGCCGUACGGCAGAAUUGGCGAUUUUGUGGGAAGGCGAAUUCGUUUCAUUGGACGCAUAAAGGAAGCCGAGGAAGAAGCCAUAAUUCUCGAAGCUUCUGAAGGUAAAUGCGUGAAGUGUUUCCUUCGUGGGACCCCUCCUCCCUGCCGCUACGUCGAAGUGGUGGCAACGGUACAAGAUGACCUGACAAUCAAACAAGGUGAUCACGACCAGAUCAUACCCUUAGGAGACAACAUAGACAUUGAGCUGGCUGAUGCUGCUACAGCGGCAACCUUCCACCCCCAGUUCAGCCACAUGUUUGAGGCGGAAUAA